UAAGCCUUGUGUUCGGCUUGACUUCUGUGAUGCUGUUUGGGGCUUGCAGGUCACUGAAGGAAAGGAAGGCGCCAAAGUGAGAAAUGCUGAAAGUCUGCCCAAGCCGCGUCCUGCCAAGGACAGCGCGGUACCCAACAAUCCGAGGACGCUGACCAAACUUCGACCUUCCUUAUUGGAACUCAGAGAUGCGUUCAGGAAGACGGCGCCCAAACCGAAAAUGGACAUGGGAAGCAGAAAGAUAUCGGUGGCUUCUUCCAUGGUGUCCGGACCAUCACGAGCUGCGGCAGCAGGCCCGCUUACGCCCGCCGGGCGUUCUACGAUCGCGUCACCGAGGAGCCACGAGCGCAGCCGGGAGGGGCAUUCCACCGUGUGCAUCGGCCCCGACAAGGGCGGCGACCAGUCGCCCACUUCCGGUCCCGUGUCGGCCUCCAACAGCACCGGCGUGCGCUCUCUCCUGAAAAGCUACACUGGCAACAUGCCCAGCGGCCACUCGCUGGCAUUCUGCGUCACGGCUCUCGCCGUGUUCGCGAUUGCCGUACUGGUCGUGAUCCUGACCGCGAUCCUAGGGCGAAUGCACUCCAAGAAACAGGCGGUUUCUUCGUCCAUCACGACUGUCGCCAGUCCUCAUCACCUGAAAGCUGGCGUCGGCGCCGACGGUCACGAUCGGAACACGUUACCUUUUCGAUGACUGGCCGCGCGAGCUCCCAGUUCCUGGAAUCAAGGACACACGGAGCCUGCGCGUGCGGCUGUCCUCGUGCUCGUUGAUUUGUGCGUCGCUCCUUUCUUUUCUCUCGGAUGUGUGCAAUUUCGCUCAAAUUACUUGCAGCUUUUUGCGCGAUGACAUGCCUCAUAGAUACCUGCCGGAUUGUGACUCACCAUAUAAUAGAUAUCCUUCUGUCGCGCUCCGCUUUGCGCCGAAUCAAAUGCGAGUUCGUGUAGCAGGGCACGUGGAAGUGGCUUUCACGAGCUUUUGAAGGCACCGGAUAGCCGUAACCUACUAUAUGCCACUUUUGUAGCAGACGUUAAAGUUGAGGCGAUUAUUGUUCGAAUGUGCUGCCCCCUUGGUCCAGGUGUGUCUUGCCGUCACGAUGACCCGACUUCUCCAUGCAUGCGUGAGUAGACGAGCGCUCGCUGAACCCUCCAUGAACGUCGACAACAAUUAACGUUCAUUUCAGGUGCGGUACCGAGGGGGCGUAUAGAUUCCUGAAUAUAUAUUCGACUUGCCUAUCCUUGCAUUACAUUUGCCGUCGGCAAGUAUAUAAUGUAAACGCUCCGCUCCCAGAUUUUCGACGGUGUUGUUCUCUAUCGCUCGCCUUAAACGGGCUUUCUCCCUUUUACUUACUAGUUGUUGGUGCUGAAUGUGGA